UUAUAAGUGAUUCAAAUGUGAACGAUAUUUGACGCGCACCGACGUGUCCCGUGAAGAUUUGCGGAAAUAAUAUUUUUUUUUAGUUUCGUUUUUUUCUUUUUAAAAAGAAAAAUGUUUUUGUGGGAGAUUGUUUUUGGGCUGACUGUACUGUUAGGAGUAUCAUGUGAAAAGAAGCUGGGCAGACGCCAGGCUGUGCCUGUCAUCUUCGUGCAGGGAAACCACUAUGAAGUUGGAUAUGAUGUUGGCCGCAACUUCGCAUCCAUCAUCAAGAGUUUCCUCGCCACGUACGAGAAUUUAAGGGACUUCGAGAAAGAGUACAAGACGGACCCUGGCAGGAUUGCUUAUGACAAGACCUUGGCCAACAUGAAAAAGAAGUUCCCCUACUAUGUGAAGGAGAUUCAGGGAGUCGCUGAUGGCGCUGGAGUGCCUUUCCAUCAGCUGUUCCUGCUGCAGAUGGACGAUCUGAUCGGCAACGUGAACGACAACCACAUCCCGCGCAACGACACCGGGGGCUGCAGCUCCAUCGCUUUCAAAAACCCGCAUGCUACAUUACUGGGCCACACUGAAGACGCCUUCAGCGAGACCCUGAAUCACUUCUACAUCAUGGUGGCACACAUCACGCCGGCUCCUGAAGAUGUAAAAGCUGGAGCAGUAGAGGAGAGGUUCGCAUCACUCUGCUACGCUGGACAGAUGCCAGGGUACACCAUGGGCUACAACGAGAACGGGCUCGUCUUCUCCAUCAACACCCUCAGCCCAUUAAUCCUCAAGCAUGGAAACACACCAAGGACUUUCAUCACCCGUGCCAUGCUGAGAGCCAAGAACUUCGGCGAAAUAGAACAGAUUCUUCGCGACGAGGGUCUGGGCAUCGGCAAUGGGUUCUCCGUGAACAUGAUCUGGACGAACUCCUGGGGUGACAGACAGAUCUACAACGUGGAAGUCUCUCCGGACCUGAAGGGAGACAGGUCACAGCUGAACAUACAGAAGUAUGACAAGGAGCCUCUGGUGCAUUGUAACAAGUACCAGCGAACCAACUUGACAGAAGUAACAGGGAGGAUUAUAGACAGCAGCGUGGCUCGUCUCCGGGUCAUCCACUCGUACCCCGCCCCCCGCAGCCGCUCUGAUGUCGCCAACAUGCUAUCGGACACCACCGACCCUGAGUUUAAGGUCUUCCAGGAACACCCCGAGGAUGUCAUCAAGACUAUUGCUGCUGGUAUUUUUGACCUAGACAAGCGUACAUGGAGCAUUUACAUCAACCAGCCCAAGAACUCCGAGCCAGUUGCCGUUCUCCCUAUCACCUUUACUUCUUUAGACUAUUAGUAUAGGUACGAUUGCACUUUGCAGCAGCUUUCUAGUAAAAUCUACCUUAUAUUUAAUUUUGAGAACAACGCCAUCUUUUAGUUUAUGUGAAAACUAAAACACUGAUAACAAAACUAUCGUAGACCCACCGAGCCAACUGUUCAGUGUGAAUCGUUUUUUGCUUACCAGUUAGCGCCACUGACUAAGGGCUAAGGUCCGACAAAAAAAUAUUCUCAUGUUUGUAAAAAAGUCACAGUCAUUCUCAUGUCUGGGAAUUAUUUAACUUGAAUCGUGAAAACCCCUUGAUUUAAAGCUCCCAUUUAUCUUGGUGAAUCACCUAAGCGAAAGCCGGUUGACAUGAACACCCAGCAUGGUGGGUCUAUUAAAUUAUUUAUUUCGUAGUAAACGUAGAAACAAUAGUACACAGGGUACCUAAACUAUAAUCUAAUCUAAUUUUACUGACUAAGUACAGUCUAAACUCUUUUUAACAACCUUCGAACAAGAAUUAAACAAGUAAACGAAAAUAUUUCAUUACCAAUUGAUGAAACUGUUAAAUGACUAUAUAAUCUACAGAGGUAAAUUAAAUCAGUAUCUAAAUAACAAAAUAAUUACUUUACAUUUUCUCUCUAUUUAAAACCACUUGGUAUAACCAUCACCUGCCUAAGUGCCUAGCCUUUUCCCAACUAUAUAAUAAUAAGUAAGUUGGGGUCGGCUUCCAGUCUUAACCAUACGCAGCAGAUUUCCAGUACUUUACAAGGAGCGACUGACUAUCUGAUCUAAUCAACCCAGUUACCUUUAGGCUUUAGGUAUAAAAUGUUUAGACUGUAUUUACCUAGAUUUUCAUAUCCGUUUACAGGAAUAUAAAAAAAUAUUUAAAAAUCUGGAGGUAAACAGUAUACUUAUGAAAUCCGUCCACUUGCAUUAUAAUAUUUUUUGUAGAUUAAUAAUAUUUUUAGGUACUACAAUGUUAUUUCUCAAAACUCGGUUAAAAUAUGAAGGUAUGCCAUUGUGUUACAAGUGUUUCAUAAGAUUUAUAAUUAUAUUUAUAUACUGUAAUGUUAGCUUCAAGAUACCAAUAGCUUAGUUAGAAAUAACUUAUAAGUUAAAUAUUUAGAGACAGACGAAUUUAUCACGUAGAGGCCAUAUACAGUUUCUUAGCAUUUACAACCGUAUAUUAUGAAUUUGUAAAUGUGUAGGUAUGCAGAUGGUAGGUAACUAUCUAGUACUUAUCAAAAAUCUUUUGUUAGCUAAACGUUUAAAAUAUGAAUAUCUUAAAUAUUACUGUGUGUGCACUUUUGCUAGGCUAUAUAAAAUAAAAAUGCUUAAAUAGUUAAUAUUAUUUAUUUAGCUUUAAAACACCUGUGUGACGUUUUAAAAUAUAAUUAUUGAAGAAUAAUAAAGUAAAUGAUCGUAAAAA